GUUCUUUGCUCACACAAAAUGGCGGACAUGGCGAAGACUGGGUCGGGACUUUUUGGAAAUGAAUUUAAAUACGAGGAGCCCGAGUUCCGGGUCACGAAUGAGGUCAGGCGAGCGUUUGAUGACAACGGAUUCAUCAUUGUUCGCGGAAUGAUGGAUGAAGCGGAAACAGGCAAGAUUAAGAAGUCCCUGGAAGAAUACGGAUUGGUGGAUAAGUAUGCAUAUGGGCUCCCAGACGCCGCCGGAAGAGAACCAAAAAUGAUGUUAUGGAGCUAUACAGGAAAUGACAUACUUGGGAUGGUUCCCCGUCUUCAGAAAGUUGCCACCACGUGUGAACAGCUUAUGGGAGGGGACGAGCUUUACCACUACCACACUAAGAUCAUGAUGAAGGAUGCCAAGAAAGGUGGCAGCUUUGAGUGGCACCAGGACUAUGGCUACUGGUACAAGAACGGAAAUCUAAGGCCGGACCUGAUAAGCAUGUUUCUGGCUGUGGACCCUUGUAUAAAGGAAAAUGGCGGCCUUCAGGUGCUGGUUGGCAGUCAUAACGGCGGCCGCGUGGACCACACUUUUGAUGGCGGACAACAGGGGGCGGACAAAGAAAGGGUGGAACAUUUGAAGAAGAUCUAUCCACAUUACUAUGUCAACCUACAGCCAGGGGACUGUAUCCUGUUCCACUGUAACCUUCUUCACUCAAGCGGUCCGAAUGACAGCGCCCAGCGGCGGUGGGCGUUCAACUGUUCGUACAACAAACGCUCGAAUAACCCAGUCAAGAAACACCAUCACCCCUUCUACCAUAAACUGGAUAAGGUCGGCAACAACGCCCUACGGGAGUGUGAAAAUUACUGUGAACCCGAGGGGAAGGAAUUCGUUGACCCUGCCACGGACGAGACGGUGAAAGCUGGGUCGAAAGGCGAAGCCAUAGAAGCCAAAUAGGCAAGAGAAAGGGGCGUAACUCGUACUUCAACGAUCAAAAUUAAGAACGUUUAAUUACCUCCCCUAACGCUAAAGUUAGCCUGGCGUUUGCACGGUUUAAUUGUUAUGAAUUAUUGUUGAACACAGCCUGUAUAUUGCUCAAUUACAAUAAUAAACUAGAUGAUUGAUGGUUAUGAAUAAUA